CUUUUUUGGGUUAUAAUUUAUAAAAACAAUUUUUGGAAGGUGCCGUGUUUAUUUAAAAUUAGUAAAAAUUUCUUCAAAUCUGGAUGAUAAAACAGAAAUAAUGAUUGCUGCCUCAGACCCACAGGAAUAUGUUCCAAGUGGCCGGCAGCAAGCAUUACGCCACCCCGGCCCCAUGGAAGCUUCCAUAAAAACUGAUAUACCCGAAAUAGACGACCCCAUUUUGAAUAAGCUCGAGAGCGUGUCUUUAACGGAUAGUAAAAAAACAGAAUGGUGGACUCUGAGAAAGGUACAAGAACUGAAGCAAUACUGCCAAGAAACGAAAGAACCAGAUAGAAUAGAGAACAAAAGUUUUAUGACCUCUAAUUAUAGACGGAGGUAUAGUGAUAUUUCCGAUGAUUCUUUCAGUUUGAAAUCGAACGUGGACGUUAGUUUGAAUAAAUUUGGAAAAAGAUUAUCGGAUGUAAACUCUUCGAAAUUUUCAAAUAAAAGGCUUUCAGUAGACAAUGAGCCUAGGGACAAAAGCGACGGAUGUUUCCUUAGCCAGAGAACUGGCGAAUGUAAUUUUAAAACCAAGAAAAAUGCCACAUACAUGGAAGAUGAAUUAUAUGUUAAUGGCUAUACAGUUACUUGGUCCAGGGGUUUAGUGAAUAGUUACGAUGAUUUAGAUAACGGAAGGAAAACGAUUUGCUCUUACACUUCCGAUUUUGUGAUAAAGCAAGCCUUGUGGUGUACAUUUUACUGCGAAUGUCCAGUCUUCCACGAAAACUCCAUGAAUUUCGUUAAUUGCAAUGAAUCGACCGGUACUCCCAUUGAAUCCGUGUGCAUCACAGAUUCUCACACCAUUCAGGUGUUCACUCCGAAAGGCGAAGAUUUUACAGUCUCCGUGCCAUUUAUUUUAAACAAAAUAUGGAACACCAAAUUUGGAAUUUUAUUGUCGAAAGAAAGUGGAGGUUUUCCUAAAGAUUACUUGUAUGAAAUGAAAGGCACUUUGUAUUCUUUGGCAUAUCCUCUGGAUGAUGUAUGCCCCGUAGUCGUUAACCAAAAUGGCUACCUGUCAAUUUUAAAUAAUAGUAGUGUACAAGUUGUUUUUACUUCAGUUAAUCCAAGUAUUUGUAUGGUCUUCGAUACUGCUACUAAACAACACAGUGUAUAUAGAAUAAGAAAAUUAAGACCAAAUGAAUACGAUGCUGGAGACAAAUUGUCUAGUAUGUGUGCUAAUCAAUCAAUUAAGUUAAAAAACAAACUUUCUAUGUGGGAAAAUGUUAACAGUAGGAUUUUACCGCCUACUUCGAUUACCACCAUUUCAAAUACAGCGCAUUUUCCUAACAAUAGAUCUCAAACCUCAAUGGCCAUGGUGAGUCGAUGCCAAUCACCUGCUCCUUCUUCAUACAGCAGUCCUUGGGUACAACGUAACUCCCAAAUGUACAGUAGUAUAAAGAAUUCCGAGAUAAAUAAAUCUUACUUCGAUUUGUCCAAAACCGCGUCGUUUCUUAGGGCGAAUCCGUCCCUUUGUUUGGAUUAUUUGUGGACGGACAAUUACUCGUUUCAAGAUACCAAUAUAGCUGCACCUGCAACUAAAGUCUUCUUUACGGAAGAUUUCGUAGGUCAAAAGUACCUAUGCUACGUUUUAGAUACCAGAUCUCAAUUAUCAAUAGUUAAAGUAGAUUAUUCAGGACGAAAUUUUACCUUUGGUGUGCUAACUAGUAUUAGUGCAAAGGACGCGGCGUCUAUACCACAUCUACGUAUGUUAGCUAUAUUAGAACAUAGCGGUAACGUCACUUUAUAUUCCGGAUUAAAUGUUAUCGGAAAAUUGCAUAUUGGAGGUACUUUAGCUCAACACGCACCUUCCCCCUAUAUCAGGAGAGCAGCCUACUCCCCUUACCCACGACGGAGUACUCUCCUGCCUCAUUUGAAACCAGGAGAUCUGAAAUUCGAUGAGCACUUGCUCUCUCCAGUUUUACCUGCCAUAUCAAGAGUGGGUUCCAGAAGUUCCAUUCUUCAUUUAAGUUACACCGAACAUGACAAUAAAAAAGUGGUCUUGAGCAACCUCAUGGACGCCAUCGAAGACCGAUUAACGCUCAAAUACACGGACGGAACGUGCUACAGAAUCACUCUACCCAGCAUUUCUUCUACUUCUUUGGUGGAUAGUUGUUUAAUAGCUUUACGCCAGAUUCUUCCGAAGGAUAUCGCAGCGGUGCUGUUGUGUAGAUGGUACGCUACAAAAAACGUGAUAGGUGCUCAGGAUACGACUUUCGAACAAGAGUGGAAUAUGUUCGCGCUUCUAUUAUUCGAACUUCUUGGAUAUGACUAUGAUCAAAUCAGUGACGGAUCGUCAGAGCCACCCAUAACGCCGUCCAGUCUAUCAAAGAAGCAGAAAUAUUCUUCGGGAACGGAUCAAGAUUGGUCAUAUUUGCUAUCCUCCGAUCACACGAAAUGCAACGAAAAUCUAAUCGCCACGUUGAAAAUCGGUAACCCGCCCGACUCCUCGAAAAACGAACGUGGUUUCGAAGGAAUGAUAGACACGGGAGGCGUUUUGUUCCCCUACAUCAGGCAAAUACACUUCAGUUUCCACUUACUCUACGAAGACAUCAAGCUCAACGUAUUCAGAUCGGAGGAACUGCUGCCGUUGAUGAAGUUUCUAAACCGACUGUCGCUCGAUCUCGACCUGAAGGAAUACAGCUUGCACUAUUGGCUCGAUUUUCCCGAACACGCCGUGAUCGAGGCCAAGCCCGCCAUUCCCGACAACGAGCUGAAGAACAUCGCCGUUUGGCCCGGAUUCUCCCAAAUGCCUUACAGCGUCUUCAGGUCUAUUUACAACAUGCUGGACGAAUCUUACUUUCAACCCUACCCUUAUUUACCUAAUGUGAAUUCCAGAUCGAGGGAUAUUUUGGAGUUGUGCGGUAUUGUUACUGAAAGUGAUAAUUCUCAUUCGAUGAGCGAGGUGGAUUUAAAUAGUUUCGUUAAAGAAAUCGACUGUACCACUCUUAAGGAUCUACCGCAAUCCGCUUGCAAUCAAAAGAAAUUAUCGAAUAACGUACCCGCUGCUGCUCAGCUUAUUUUGCUCAUGGUUGAAAAAAAUAUUACAACCAGUUACCUGGAUACGUUACCGUACUCCAUAUUUUACCUACUCUACAAUACAUUGUGGAAGUGCAGAGAAAACCCUCCCGCCGACUGGCCCCCCGAAGCGUAUUACCUGAUAUGGAGAGAAGACCUGGCCGCUGCGGCGGUGAAAAUUAAGAAAGAAAAACAGGAAUAUUCGCAGGAGCUUUUGGGAAUGUGCAGCAACACCCAAUUGGAGGACGUUAUGCCAGGCAUCAAAGCGGAUUUCGAACAAACCGACGGCAUGGAGGAUAUCGACAAUUCGCUGAUGAAACUCCGAUUCAGCGACGACGUGAGAGUGAACGAGGCCAGGAAAAUGCUGCAGAGCUCGAGGCCGGUGUCCAUAGUUCUGACGCAAAGACCCGACGUUUCCGAUCACGAUUUCAUCGAGGAGCAGGAAAAACACUUGUACGGCUUAUGCAUCAGGACGAUGGCUUUGCCCGUUGGAAGGGGAAUGUUUACGUUGCGUACAGCUAGGCCUGUCAUUACGGAGCCUCUUCCUGCUCCACUGCUUUGUUUAACCGGUAAAGCACCGCCUAGAGGUACCACAGUUGAUUUAAGUCAUAUCGAUACGCCGGCAAAUAUGCAUUUGUGGCCGCUUUUCCAUAACGGCGUGGCCAACGGCUUGAGAAUUACUCCUGACGCCCAUAACAUCGAUAAUAAAUGGAUUACGUUCAAUACGAACAAAGGUGGUACUGAUUUACAAAUGGAGCACGCCGGUUUCCUGCUAGCGUUAGGACUGAACGGUCAUCUUAAAAAUCUCGCCUUUGACAGUACGUUCAACUAUUUAGAAAAGUUCCACGAAAUGACCAGCGUAGGAGUUUUAUUAGGGCUUUCUGCAGCCUUCAGGGGUACCGCUCAUCCUUCGUUAACCAAGACACUUGCGAUACACGUAGAAGCUCUGCUGCCUCCGACCUCCAUGGAAUUGGACAUACCUCAAACACUGCAAGUAGCGGGUUUGUUAGGAGUAGGGUUGGUGUACGAGGGUACGGCACACAGGCACAUGACUGAAGUACUUCUCACGGAAAUCGGCCGACCUCCAGGUCCUGAAAUGGAAAAUAGUAUAGAUAGAGAAUCGUAUUCACUAUCCGCCGGAUUGGCCUUAGGAUUAGUAACAUUAAAACAAGGCGACCGUCCUUCGGGUUUGUCCGAUUUAAACGUACCGGAUAUGCUGCAUUACUAUAUGGUCGGAGGAAAUAAAAGACCGCUCACUGGAUCUCAAAAAGACAAAUAUAAAACGGCUUCGUUUCAAAUCAGAGAAGGAACUUCGGUGAAUUUGGACGUGACUGCGCCCGGAGCCACGCUAGCCCUCGGGUUGAUGUAUUUGGGUACUAAUAAUAAAGCAGUGGCCGAUUGGAUGGCCCCUCCGCAAACGCAGUAUCUAUUAGAUUUCGUCAGGCCGGAUUUUCUUUUAUUAAGAACUUUGUCUAGAUCGCUUAUUUUAUGGAACGAUGUAGAACCAACGAAAGAAUGGGUCGAAAACCAAAUACCUUCUACCAUCAGGCCGUACUGUAUGGUAAACCCUACGCACAACUUAAACAUCGACUAUGAAGCUAUGAAUCAGGCGUAUUGUAACAUAGUCGCAGGAGCCAGCUUCGCUUUGGGUCUCAAGUUCGCAGGAACCGCCAACGAAGAAGCGUACGAAACUCUAUUACAUUUCUGUAACAUGUUUACGUCACUAAACGGAAAACCUGUAGCCGAUCUUGCCGGUAAAUCAACGAUAGAAACGUGCUUAAACGUGCUCCUUCUUUCAGUUUCCAUGGUAAUGGCGGGUACCGGUGAUUUGGAAAUAAUACGAUUGGUGCGCCAUCUCAGACGAAGGGUGGGAGUUUCUAACAGUCAAGUCGUAACUUACGGAUCUCAUUUGGCCAUUCACAUGGCAUUAGGGCUGCUAUUUUUGGGCGGAGGGAAGUAUACCUUAUCGAACACUCCAUCCAGUGUGGCGGCUCUAAUAUGUGCCUUCUAUCCCAAAUUUCCUACUCACAGCAACGAUAACAGGUAUCACCUGCAAGCCUUUCGUCAUUUGUACGUCUUAGCUGUUGAACCCAGGUUAAUAAUACCCAAAGAAGUCCACGCCGAUGAAAUAUGUUACGCUAAUCUAAGGGUUGUGCAGCUCGAUGGUACGGAAGUGAAUAUAAAAGGUCCUGGAAUUAUACCGGAUUUAAAUACUCUGCGGAAAGUCGAGGUGAAAGACGAACGAUAUUGGCCCGUCACGUUCGAAAGAGGAAAAAAUUGGGAAUCAUUAGAGCGAAUAUUAUCCACAACGGGGUACGUGGAGGUGAAACAGCGCGCCGGAUGCCUCAGCUAUAUUUUAGACAAAUUCGGUUACCGCAGCCAAUUGGCCAGGACUUUGACUCAUUCCGCUAUAGUGCCGUGGGAUCCGUCUCCGACGUCCAUAACGUUGUUCACGUCCGAUCAAUGCGUAAAAUUGUUCUGCGAGCACUUUCUCGGCUGUGAUAAAUCGAAGGAAACCACUGCGUUAGAAGCGAGAUUGAAGCAAUGCCUGACCAAGAUCACUUACGAUGCCGUGGUUCACGAUAAGCUCAUUGUGAUAGUUGUAUUUAUUUCUAUGCUAAAGGCAAUUUUGGAUCUAAAUGAUACUCCGUCUCCUCUAAAUGCCUUACAAUUCAAAAUCAUUGCUAAACAAAUAUUGCGGAAUCGAUCGUUUGAUUUGCUUUCGAAAGAAGUUGUGUUAGCUCUAAGACAAGAGUAUUUAAAAUAUUUCGACGAUUGGGAGGAAAUUUUGAAGCCUCAAUUGCAAAGUUUUUUGUCGAAUCGAGAUUUCAACAAAGACACGUCGAAUUUGGAUUGCAAGAGAUUGGCUACGUACGUGGUUUUUUACGACUUCCCUUGGAAUUGUAGGAUCAAUCGAGGGGAAUAUUUGGAAAUGCUCGGAAAAUUGCCGAGCAAUUUGUGUACAAACACCGUUGAUAAAAUUAUUAAAAUAUUUAGUUAAAUUGUUAUAAAUAUUUUUUGAAGUGAUUAUUUUUAAUACAUAAGUUAUAAAAUAAAGUAAAUGUUUUAUAUUUUAU